CGUCUCAGCAUAUUUCUUUAUACACAGUCAUCAUUCUUAUAAUCUGCGUCGCGCCCUACAGAGAGCGGUAGACUUCUCGCUCUUCGCAAUGGCCAAACUAACUUUCCUCUCGGACGACAACAAAGCCUGGAGACGACGGCUUGUGAUCUGCUGCGAUGGUACGUGGCAGUCCAGCGUUAGCAGCAAAAACAACAUACCCUCCAAUGUCACAAGACUCUGCCGGCUGAUCGCGCGUGUUGGCGCAGACAAAGACGAUCCCUCGAAGAAAUUCCAUCAGAUCGUCUAUUACGACUCCGGCAUAGGAACCGGAAAUCUCAGUGCCUCUGAAGCGCGACGACAGGGUGGCACGGGAGCUGGCUUGGCAGAAAAUGUCAUCGAAGCAUACAACUUUAUCGUGCAAAAUUACGAGCCGGGGGAUGAGAUCUUCUGCUUUGGGUUCUCGAGAGGUGCCUAUACAGCACGUGCGGUUGCUGGAUUGGUCUCGGAUCUCGGUGUCAUUGCACCAACCAGUAUGCAGUUCUUCCCUGAACUGUACCGUCUCUACCAGACAAACGAGGAAGGCGUCGAGUUCAGAGAAACACAAGCGUGGAAGUGGUUCACCAAGGGCAAGCUCAGCAAAAAAGGAGAAGAGAUGGAGAAGAUUGGUAUCGAUAUCAGAAACACUGGCAUGGAUGAUCUUCGACUUAUGACUGAAGUGUGGGAGAUUCGACCGCACGGUGAGCUUGCAGUCAGUGAGGGUAGUAGAAAGGUGAAGGUGGUGGGUGUCUGGGAUACUGUUGGCUCAUUGGGCGUACCAGACCUGAUCGGUCUAGACCUUGCACGGGCAAGGACGAAGUACGGAUUCCACAAUGUCAAGCUGACGGAGAAUAUCGAGCAUGCAUAUCAGGCAUUGGCUUUGGACGAGCGUCGCAGGGCUUUCCGCCCGACUCUCUGGUACAUUCCCACAGAUCUCGUUGACGAUCCGAACCGACCUACGCCAGAGCUGAAACAGGUUUGGUUUCCAGGUGUUCAUACCAACUGCGGCGGCGGAUCACAAGACGCUUUCGGCGACAUGAAAGGAGAUUCCGAAAAUAUCUCUACAGCAACUCUAUGCUGGAUGCUCCAAGUCAUCUCCCCUCAUCUUACCAUUGACCGACAUGCCUUCUCUCUCUUUAUGGCUCAGUACACGCGCUGGCUCUUCCGCCUCCGCUACGCAUGUACCUACCACCAUGAGGGCUCUUUUGAGAAGUUCUUGGACAAGCUACCGAAACUACCCAGCUUCAGCCUCACAUGCGACGAACUCAAACCUCCGCGGCGUGACCCUCCACACGAACACACCAACUUCGACUUUAGCUGGGGCACGGGCCCUCUCGUAGAUUCGUAUGGCGGCUUCUACCACUUCCUUGGAGCACGUGCGCGUAAGCCAGGCCACGAAGAAGUCGAGAUAUACGACGCUAGAAGGAAGGCACAGAAGUGGGUCAAACUUCGUGAUAUGGGCGAUACAAACGAAUACAUCCACCCCAUUGUGCACUACCGCAGUCUUAUACGUGGAUGGGACAAGCACUCACCCAUGAGAAGGAAGUGGAACCGCGACAACUGGCGCAGUAAAAGGGACGACAUGAUGAGGUUCUGGUGGUACAUGGAUGGCGAACAGGACACGUGUGCGAUACCCGAGUGGGCGAUAAUGCCCGACAAGGAGGGAGAAGAGUACAAUUUCGAGAGGAUGUGGUAUCAUCAAUGCGAGGACACUGCAAGGUCGUUGUACGAUGUCAAUCGUGCAGAAGAGAAUUUCUUGGAGGUGUUGGAUGAGAAGGUUGAUUUUGCUUUUGACGAGAGGCCGCAGAAUGUUUGGCCCUGAGGGAAAUAUAGUAAAAUGGCUGCUAGGGGUUUCUGGCGGGGAGACGACAAGGCGAGCAGUGGGACGAUGUCGACUUGGGAAGGUGAUGAUGAGAAAACUACAAUACCCUCUGUAUUUAGCGUAGCAGUUGAGAUACCUGUUCUAGGGGGCGAUAUGAUUGCUUCCGUGGAGUUCGGUGUCGUGUUAAGAUCAAUGUCAUUGUUGGGGUAAGAAAUAAUGAGGUUGA